GUGAUUAUGAUUUCUACCUCACACUCUUUUCACCGUAGUCUUAUAUACGAAUUCGGCACCGUUUUCAACACUGUGCCACUGUUAUUUUAAAUAGGCUAUAUUUGCCCCCACCGAACUUUGAAGCUACGGCCGAAGACUUCUGUUCCCAUGGACAGGAAUGGAUCAGUGAUGUAGAGUUAAAAAGAAAAUGAGAUUCACACACAUGGAAAAAUUACCUACACUUGCGGUAGUGUGCAAAUGGGAAAACGCUAAACCGCUGCCCUACACACACUUGAGCGCAAUAGCAACCCAUGCGUUAGUGUUCGUGUGUAGGCUUCAUUCCGCGAUGAGUCCGUAAGCAUGGUUAGCUUUGUUUACAAAAAUAAUUUGUCAAUCCAUCCUGCACAUCUUUAUUCGCAAAAUUUUACUAUUUGUUCGUGUAAUCUGCAUCCACAACAACCGGAAAACGUUCCAGAAAGCACUCGUGUAUUAGUGAUAGUUAACUGUAUUAGCCUUCGUCGUAAUCUCGUGGUUUCUGAAAUAUAGAUAACAAAGCGUUCAAUCGUGCUUGGUCAGAAUAAUUACGCAUUACGUAGUGAUAGGUUCAUCGUCAACGUCGUCUAACCGCCAUUCACGCUGUAUACAGCAUCCAGAAGAUCGAACGAUGCAGAACCUCUCAACACACAUCCUCGACACGACAUGUGGCCAACCAGCAACAGAAGUGCUUGUGACGCUGUACAGACAGGGAUCACCGGAAACUACAACCUGGACGAAGAUUGGCUCUGGCUCCACUGACACCGACGGGCGAUUCCGACAAUUCUUUGAUACUCAGCAGACCGCUGGCCUGCAGCGUGGGGUUUACAAGCUGCACUUUGAAGUUGACAGUUACUUCCGCUACCGGAAGGUCGAGUCAUUUUACCCGUUCGUUGAGAUCGUGUUCGCGGUUGUCAACGAAACCCAGCACUACCACAUCCCGCUGCUACUGAAUCCAUUCGGCUACACUACCUACCGUGGAUCUUGAGCUUUACUGCCAUUCUAAGCCCUAGCCUCAGCCUCAAGCCUAUGCCUAAUGGCCGUACUCUGCACUAAUCGUUUCCAUAGUGUAUUUAAUUGAUGAGGGUGCAAAAUAAAUAAAGGCGUGACAA